GGGAAAAGGACAUUUAAUUUGAUUGUUUGCAUAGAUUUUGCAUUUAAUUGUUUUCCAAUUCAUUUGAUCCGAUAAUAAGUCCCACAAAUUAUUUAUAUCGAUAUGUCUUCUGCUUCUUCUUCAUCGACACCCAAGUUGUCUAACAAUAAGGCAUUUAAGUUAUUCUUAAUACAAAAGGCCCGACAAAUGAAUGCCAGUCUUAAGGAUACAAAUUUCAUAAUUGAUAUGAGAAAUGAAUGGAAGAUGAUGUCGUUCUCAGAAAAGUCAGUAUCGGUGCCCAUGAAUGACAUGAAUGAAGUGACUAAUCGGAGCAAAGAAUUGGAUGAUUUUGACAGAGAGAAUGAAAUUAAACCCAAGAAUUUUGCAGAAAUGUUAGUCAUUAAUAUGUUGAAAGACAAGAAUAAGGAAGAACUGAUGGAUCUACCGAUCUAUUUGAUGUCUUCGUGUAUUCAAUGUGUGGUCAAUGAAACCUAUUUGCCACUGGAGAUCGGUAUCGUCGAGUAUACCAUCAAACAUGGUAUUCGUCGUACAUAUCACUCAUUCAUCAAAUGUGGACCAAUUCCUUGUGGUUACGCCUAUUCAGCCAUAAGUCAUAAGGAUGCCUAUCAUAAGAUACCUUUAGGUAAUUUUGAUUUGGCUUCGGAUGACUUUCAGGCUAUUGGCAAUGCAGUGCUCGACCUGAUAAAGUCGGGUCAAAAAGAUUUCCUAAAGAAGAAUCCAAGGAAUUCAUUGGUUGUCUUCUCUGCUGAGGAUCAAAUAAAACAAAAUCAAGGAGUAUUGAAAUGGUUGGCCAGUAAGUACACUACCACUGAUGAUAACAACGACUCAAUUUAUGGCAACAAAUCGGCUCAAGACUGGGAUAUCGAAGUAUUUGAUAUAUCGUGUCUAUUGCUUGAAAUCUUUAAGCAAAUGGGUAUCAGUCGAUCACCGGUUGAAUGCAAGAACGAUAUGACAAACACUUGCUAUGACUACAGUCCUGAUACUGACUGUAACUAUCACGAAGACAUUGAAUGUAUAUACUGUGGUCUCGGUUGGGCUAAACGUUUGGCUUAUAUGAUGUCCGAGUCGUUGAUUAAACGGCUCCGAUUUGAACCAUUUCCAACUCAUUUCCCGAAACGAGAGUACGUUAAGUUUGCUUACCAACAUUUCUUCAAUUGUGGUCAACAGCCGAUCGACAAUAAUAAUAAUGUCGACGACGGCAAAGAAAUCAAUUGGUCGAAGAUAUUUGAGAAUGAGUUUAAAGAUAAACUAAAGAAUGAUGGAUCAAAUCAUUAAUACUGGAUUUGGAUCUACAUAUCAUAUAUGACUAUAUCUCUA